CUCACUAACAGUGAAAACAAAAAAGUACAAGGAACACUGUGGGAACACAUCGGGAAAAACGACAACAGACACGAAGUAUUCUCAGAAAAGUUUCAUAAAUGAGAAUGUCUCGCUGGAUUCCUACGAAAAAGGAAAAAUACGGUGUUGCAAUUUAUAACUAUGACGCUCGCAGUGAUGAGGAGCUUUCCUUACAAAUCGGAGACACAGUACACAUUUUGGAGACCUAUGAAGGUUGGUACAGAGGACAUAGGCUGAGAAGGAAGUCAAAAAAUGGAAUAUUUCCUGCCUGCUACAUUCAUCUUAAAGAGGCCACGGUCGAAGGCAAUGGGCAAAAAGAGACAGUCACUCCCACUGAGCUCCCACUGGUUCAAGAAGUCACCACAACCCUGCGGGAAUGGGCUUCCAUAUGGAGAGAUCUAUAUGUGGGUGACAAGCGUGAGAUGUUUAACUCGGUGCGUGACAUGAUCUAUGACCUGAUAGAGUGGCGAUCUCAGAUACUGUCUGGCACCCUCCCACAAGAUGAGCUCAGCGAGCUCAAACAGAAGGUCACCUCCAAGAUCGACUACGGGAACAAGUACUUAGAUUUGGACCUUGUUGUCAGAGACAAAGAUGGAAACAUUCUGGAUCCGGAUCAGACCAGCACCAUCAGUCUGUUCAGAGCCCACGAAACCGCAUCCAAACAGAUUGAGGAUCGGAUCCAAGAGGAGAAGUCCCAGAAGCAGAACAUUGACCUGAGCAGACAGGCAAAGUUUGCAUCCACGCCAUCCUUUGCUCUCUUCGUCACUCUGAAGAAUGUGGUGUGUAAGAUCGGAGAGGACGCCGAGGUGCUCAUGUCCCUCUAUGACCCCGUCGAGUCCAAAUUCAUUAGUGAGAACUACCUUGUGCGUUGGUCCAGUUCUGGCUUAGUCAAAGAUAUUGAUCAGCUCCAUAACCUGCGGUCUGUAUUCACGGAUUUGGGCAGCGAGGAUUUAAAGAGAGAGAAAAUCAGCUUUGUGUGUCAGAUCGUCCGAGUCGGACGGAUGGAGCUGCGCGACAACCACGCUAAAAAGCUGACUUCAGGCCUGCGGAGACCCUUUGGAGUCGCAGUGAUGGACGUUACAGAUAUUAUCACAGGCAAAAUGGACGACGAGGAUAAGCAGCACUUUAUCCCAUUCCAGCCGCUAGCGUUGGAUGACGCCAUUCGCCACAAGCAGCUGAACAUGUCCCGUUUUUCACCCAGGGUGGCGGGGGAGAGCGACUUCCUCCAGACAGUCAUUAACAAAGUCAUCGCCGCCAAAGAGGUCAACCACAAAGGCCAAGGUUUGUGGGUGACGCUAAAGCUGCUUCCAGGAGACAUCCAUCAGAUCCGCAAGGACUUCCCCCACCUGGUAGAUCGCUCCACCGCUGUGGCCCGUAAGAUGGGCUUCCCCGAGAUCAUCAUGCCAGGUGAUGUACGCAAUGACAUAUAUGUGACCCUGGUACAAGGCGAAUUUGACAAAGGCAGCAAGACGACGCCUAAGAAUGUAGAAGUGACAAUGUCAGUGUAUGACGAAGACGGGAAGAGACUGGAGAAUGUGAUCUUUCCCGGGGCUGGAGAUGAGGGCAUGUCAGAGUACAAGUCUGUGAUCUACUACCAGGUCAAGCAGCCACGCUGGUUUGAAACAACCAAGGUUGCCAUUCCCAUUGAGGAUGUGAACCGGAGUCACUUGCGAUUCACAUUCCGUCACCGCUCUUCUUUGGACUACAAAGAUAAAUCAGAGAAGAUCUUUGCUCUGUCGUUUGUGAAGUUGAUGAGGUAUGAUGGUACCACUCUGCGGGAUGGAGAGCACGACCUUAUUGUUUAUAAGGCUGAGGCAAAGAAGUUUGAGGAUUCAUCGCUGUAUCUGGGGCUGCCUGCCACUAAGCUGGAGCUGGAGGAGAAAGGAUACUCGGCUACGAGCAAGAGCUCUCAGAGCCUGGGCAACUGCACCAUCAGCAAAGACUCCUUCCAGAUCUCCACCCUCGUCUGCUCCACCAAACUCACUCAGAACGUGGACCUGUUGGGACUUCUGAAGUGGCGCUCCAACACCAGUCUCCUGCAGCAGAAUCUCCGUCAGCUCAUGAAAGUGAAUGGAGGGGAGGUGGUUAAGUUUUUGCAGGACACUCUAGAUGCCCUUUUCAAUAUCAUGAUGGAGAACUCUGACAGUGAUACCUUCGACACACUCGUGUUUGACGCCCUGGUCUUCAUAAUUGGACUUAUAGCUGACAGAAAGUUCCAGCACUUUAACCCUGUUCUCGAAACCUAUAUUCGCAAGCACUUCAGCGCCACACUGGCCUACACGAAGCUGACUAAAGUGCUGAAGAACUAUGUGGACAACGCUGAGAAGUUGACGGAUCAGCUGCUGAAAGCUAUGAAGGCUUUGGAAUACAUCUUCAAGUUCAUCGUCCGCUCCAGGGUCCUCUUUAACCAGCUAUAUGAGAAUAAAGGAGAAGCGGACUUUAUGGAGUCAUUGAGAAAUCUCUUCUCUUCCUUCAACGCUAUGAUGAAUAGCAGUGCAGAAAACACCAGCAUGGUGAAGCUUCUCCUCAAGGGUGCAGCUCUGAAAUACAUCCCCACCAUAGUGAAUGACGUUAAGAUGGUGUUUGACCCUAAGGAGCUCAGCAAACUUUUCACAGAGUUCAUCCUCAAAGUGCCUCUGGGUCGUCUGGUGAAGCAGAAGCUCCACUGUAUGAUCGACAUCGUCCACAGCGACCUCUUCACUCAGCACGAUUGCAGAGAGAUUCUGUUACCGCUGAUGACGGAUCAGUUGAAAUUUCACCUGGAGAAUCAUGAGGAAUUGGAGGGAUGUUGUCAGCUCCUCAGUGAUGCACUGGAAGUACUGUACAGGAAAGACGUGGGUCCUACUCAGUGGCAUGUUCAGAUCAUUAUGGAGAAACUCCUUCGGACAGUCAACAGGACAGUCAUCUCAAUGGGCCGUGACUCUCCACUUAUCGGUAGUUUUGUGGCGGGUAUGACUGCUAUUCUCAGACAGAUGGAGGACUAUCAUUAUGCUCACCUCAUCAGUACCUUUGGCAAGAUGAGAUCAGAUGUGGUGGAUUUCCUAAUGGAAACAUUUAUCAUGUUCAAGGAUCUCAUUGGGAAGAACGUGUACCCUGCUGACUGGGUUAUAAUGAACAUGAUGCAGAACAAAGUCUUCCUGCGAGCCAUAAAUCAAUACGCCGCCGUGCUGAACAAGAAGUUCCUCGAUCAAACCAACUUUGAGCUCCAGCUCUGGAAUAACUACUUCCACCUGGCUGUGGCCUUCCUCACUCAGGAGUCCCUGCAGCUUGAGAAUUUCUCCAGUGACAAGAGAGCGAAGAUCUGCCAUAAGUAUCAGGACAUGAGGCGACAGAUUGGCUUUGAGAUCAGGGAUAUGUGGUAUAAUCUUGGUCCACACAAGAUCAGAUUCAUUCCCGAGAUGGUGGGUCCCAUCCUGGAGAUGACCCUGGUGCCGGAAAUCGAGUUGCGGAAAGCCACCAUCCCAAUCUUCUUCGACAUGAUGCAGUGCGAAUUCCACUUCACCCGCAGUUUCCAGAGGUUUGAGAACGAGAUUAUCACCAAGCUUGAUCACGAGGUGGAGGGGGGCAGGGGAGAUGAGCAGUACAAAAUUCUCUUCCAGAAAAUUCUGUUGGAACACUGCAGGAAACACAAGUACCUGGCCAAGAGCGGAGAGAACUUUGUCACGUUGGUGGUCCGUCUGCUGGAGAGACUGCUCGAUUACCGUACCAUCAUGCACGACGAGAACAAAGAGAACCGCAUGAGCUGCACCGUUAACGUGCUGAAUUUCUACAAAGAGAUUGAGCGAGAGGAGAUGUACAUCAGGUAUCUGUACAAGCUGUGUGACCUACACAAAGAGUGUGAUAAUUAUACAGAAGCAGCCUACACACUGCUACUCCACGCCAAACUCCUCAAGUGGUCUGAUGAGGCUUGUGCAGCACACCUUACCCAAAGGGAUGGUUACCAGGCUACAACUCAAGGUCAACUCAAGGACCAACUCUACCAAGAGAUCAUCAACUACUUUGACAAGGGCAAGAUGUGGGAGGAGGCGAUUGUUUUGGGCAAAGAGCUAGCGGAGCAGUAUGAGAAUGAAAUGUUUGAUUUUGAACAGCUCAGCGCAUCACUGAGAAAGCAGGCCCAGUUCUACGAGAACAUAGUGAAGGUGAUCCGGCCCAAGUCCGACUACUUUGCCGUGGGUUAUUAUGGAAUGGGCUUCCCGUCCUUCCUCAGGAACAAAAUGUUCAUCUACCGUGGGAAGGAAUAUGAACGCAGGGAAGACUUCGAGGCCAGGCUACUUACUCAGUUCCCCAACGCUGAGAAAAUGAAGACUACCACUCCACCCAGUGAGGACAUCCGAAACUCGUCCGGACAGUAUAUUCAGUGUUUCACGGUGAAACCGAUCCUUGAACUACCGCCAAAGUUCCAGAACAAACCAGUAUCAGAGCAGAUAGUGAGUUUUUACACCGUAAAUGAAGUCCAAAAAUUCCAGUAUUCCAGACCAGUAAGGAAGGGGGAGAAGGAUCCGGACAAUGAAUUUUCUAAUAUGUGGAUUGAAAGGAGCACUUACGUUACGGCAUAUAAACUCCCCGGCAUCUUGCGUUGGUUUGAAGUUGUGACUUUCUCCACGGAGGAGAUCAGUCCUCUGGAAAAUGCUAUUGAAACCAUGCAGACCACCAACGAGAAGAUUAACAACAUGGUCCAAAGACACCUCAACGACCCCAACCUUCCCAUCAACCCCCUCUCCAUGCUGCUCAACGGUAUCGUUGACCCGGCCGUCAUGGGUGGCUUCGCUAACUACGAAAAGGCCUUUUUCACAGAGAAGUACAUCCAGGAACAUCCAGAAGACCAGGAAAAGAUUGACAAGCUGAAAGAUCUCAUUGCUUGGCAGAUUCCCUAUCUGGCUGACGGCAUACGCAUCCACGGCGAGAAGGUGACGGAGGCUCUGAGGCCUUUCCACGAGCGGCUGGAGGCCUGCUUCAGACAGCUGCGGGAGAAAGUGGAGAAACAGUAUGGAGUCAAGACUCUGCCUCCUAUGUCAGACGAGCGCCGAGGGUCUCGACCCCGUUCCAUGGUCCGCUCCUUCACCAUGCCCUCCUCUCAGAGACCUCUCUCUGUCGCCUCCAUCACCUCCAUCUCCUCAGACAACUCUCCUUCCAGGCCUGGGUCAGAUGGUUUUGCUCUUGAGCCUCUCUUGCCAAAGAAACUACACUGCAAAUCUCAGGAUAAGCUGGACCGUGAGGAGCCUGAAAAAGACAAGAAGGAGAAAAAGAAGGAGAAGAGAAACAGUAAGCAUCAGGAGACCUUUGACAAGGAGCUCAAGACCACCACAGAGAUCCCCCUGCAGCCCACAGAGGCAGUCAUCCUGUCAGAGACGAUCAGUCCGCUGCGCCCUCAGAGGCCAAAGAGCCAGGUGAUGAUGAGUGACCGCAGGUUGUCUGUGUCUCCUGGACCACCCUCCAACCCUCCUCCGCCCAUCACCCCCAGGGCCAAACAGGCCUUCAGCAUGCUGUCAACUUCCAAUUUGGAGUUGAACGGCAUGGGCUGCAUUGAUAAAGGAGAGACUCCGCCCCCUCUGCCUAUAAAAGGAAUCUCCGCCGAUUACGGGAACCUGCAAGAAUAUCAAGACCUGAGCAGUCCCUCCACCCCACCCCCACCACCCCCCCACCACAGGACUCUGCCUCCCCCAUUGCCCAGUAAGACUCCACCGCCACCUCCGCCCAAAACCACGAGGAAACAGACAUCCAUCGAUUCAGGAAUCGUACAAUGAGCAAAGACAAUGCUAAUGCUACACAGAUACCCACACAUCCACUGGGACGAUCACUCUGUUAUCCCUUGGCUAUAUAAAUAUACCUGCUCCCUGCCACUCAGACUAGACAUAUACCUCAUUUACACUCACUCACACUCACUCACGCCAUUUUUCUCCUCUCUCUCUCUCUCUCUCUCUCUCUCUCUCGCACCAAUUAUCAGUCAAGACUUCUUCAACAGAAUGCUGAAUGCUGGCUUCUAUAUAUAUUCAAAUCCUUCCCAAAUUUUAUGAUGUAAUUGGUGCGUGUGUGUGUGUGUGUGUG